UGGAGAGGAUGUCGUCGUCUCCCAAACCUAUUAGGAACAUUUUCCGCCGGGCAGAAACCCAUAUUUAGGACGGUCCUUUGUUAACCUUAAUUCGCGAGGAAUAAUUUGCUGCACAGAUGCUCCAUGAAUAUAUUUAAUGGCUUGGAACAUGUAGUGUACUCAUGAGUUCCCUGUUUCAUUUUAAUUUCGGUGCAUUUAUAUUUUUCCGUUAAAAUACUAGAGUGAAUUUGCCACCGGAUGAAGGUCCUCGCAAGAUUGCAUGACAGAAGUCGAGCCCCUUUUGAGCGAUACAAAAAAGAGCGGAGAAGAGGCGUUCAUGGCGGAGGUUGAGGCGGUCGCUCUGUGCCCACGCGGAGACUCCCUUCACCCGCCGCCACAGGUCACGGAUCAGGUCACGGCGGCAGCAGCGCGGGUCAAGAUGCUGUCGGGUCCUCACGCGUCGAGAAUCGUUCGGAAAUACAGGAGGACGCGGCUGCAGCAGGUCAAGAGGCAAGAGUACAAAAAGUUGCGGAACAUGGUGCCGGCGCUGCAGGAGAAGAACCGAGUGUCGAAGGUGGAGGUGAUUGAGGCGACCAUCCAGUACAUCGACGAACUCCACUUGGCGCUUAUCAAGAGGUUUCGGAGCAGAGGGCUUCCGGCGACGCUUCGAGACUUACCACUGGAGGCCCACGACGUGCACGGAGGGAACAUCCGGGAACUCGUCCGACAUCUCCUGGCAACCUGCAACCCCACCUCCCUCCCCCCCACCCGCAUAGAGAACGCCCGUACCCUCCCUUCCUUUAUACAGAAAUUGUGCAAAAGGAGGAGUUGAAAAGAGAGGAGAAGGGAAGGGAAGGGAAGGGAAGGAGGUGGACGAAGAGGAAGAGAGAAAGAGAGAAAGAGAGAGAGAGAAAGGGAUAAAAGUUAGAUAGAAAAAAAAAUAUGGGAGAAGGAGGACGUGUAAAAAAAAAACGAAGUGGAGUGAGACAGAAACAAGAAAAAAAGGGAAAAAAGGAAAUGAAAACAAAAAAUGACAGAGAGAGACAGCAAGAGAGAGUUGGGGGGAAUAUGCGCUUAGAAACUAGCUAAUACUAGUGGAAAGAGAAUCUAAUAUAUAUAGAAACCAUAAGAAUAGUUCAUAGACGAGUGAGUCAGCCCGGUGCAACCCCCCAGCACUUCUGCCAGAACAGACUGAAAACGUGUUCAUGCUAAGGUUCCUCUCCUCUUGGACCAAGGCCAACUAGUCUUAGACUUUUCUUUGGGAAUUUCUUUUAUUUUCGUUUUUAUUCUGUGAAAUAAAAGUGUGAGCUUGGAAUUCUCACGAAUGUCUUUCAUCAUAGUUUCGCUAUUGUUGUUGUUUUUUUCAAUUGCGUUACCCCUUUUAUUUUUUCUCUCUUUUAAUGUGUUAUGUAUGUAUAUAAAUACCCCCCCCCCCCCAGUGAUGCAUAGGCGCUGUUAUUUAAUCUCCGAAGCUUGCAUAAUCUUCCUUGGUUUUUCGUUGCCGCUGUGUCUGUAUCGGCAACAUGUAGCAAAACCUCUAGGAACUCUAUCUUGUGCAAUGUAACACUGCAGGUAUCAUUUGCCACGAGGGAAAGUCCGCAUCACCUUGCAGAAGGGAAAAUUGCCAGCGAUGAAAAUGCAACAUUGCAAAGGAAUUAUAAUCAUCCGUUGUUACGUACCAGCUCUGAUAGUAUGAUGGAAGAUGAGAAGUUGCAACUGAAGCUUUUGCUGAAGUGUCUGUGAAGUUGCCGCAAGACUGGAUUCAGAA